AUGGCGUCCCCUGUGGCAGCGCAGGCCGGAAAGCUUUUGCGCGCCCUAGCACUGCGGCCCCGCUUCCUGGCGUCUGGGUCCCAGGCAGUUCAACUGACCUCCAGAAGAUGGCUGCACUUGCAGGAAUACCAGAGCAAGAAACUUAUGUCUAAUAACGGAAUGAGAGUUCAAAGAUUCUUUGUAGCAGACACUGUGAAUGAAGCUCUGGAGGCUGCUAAGAGACUAAAUGCAAAAGAAAUUGUUUUAAAAGCCCAGAUCUUAGCUGGAGGAAGAGGAAAAGGUAUCUUUAAUAGUGGUUUGAAAGGAGGUGUUCAUUUAACAAAAGACCCUAAUGUUGUGGGACAGCCGGCUAAACAAAUGAUUGGGUACAAUCUAGCGACAAAACAAACUCCAAAAGAAGGUGUGAAAGUUAACAAGGUGAUGGUUGCUGAAGCCUUUGACAUUUCCAGAGAAACCUACCUGGCAAUUCUGAUGGACAAGUCCUGCAAUGGCCCUGUGCUGGUGGGCAGCCCCAGGGGCGUCGACAUUGAAGAGGUGGCUGCUUCAAACCCAGAGCUCAUUUUUAAGGAGCAAGUUGACAUUUUUGAAGGAAUAAAGGACAGCCAAGCUCAGCAGAUGGCAGAAAAUCUAGGCUUCGUUGGGCCUUUGAAAAGCCAGGCUGCAGAUCAACUUACGAAGGUGUAUAAUCUCUUCCUGAAAAUUGAUGCUACUCAGGUGGAAGUGAAUCCCUUUGGUGAAACUCCAGAAGGACAAAUUGUCUGUUUUGAUGCCAAGAUAAACUUUGAUGACAAUGCAGAAUUCCUACAAAAAGACAUAUUUGCUAUGGAUGACAAAUCAGAGAAUGAGCCCAUUGAAAAUGAAGCUGCCAAAUAUGAUCUAAAAUACAUAGGACUAGAUGGGAACAUUGCCUGCUUUGUGAAUGGUGCUAGGCUCACCAUGGCUACUUGUGAUAUCAUUUUCCUUAAUGGUGGGAAGCCAGCCAACUUCUUGGAUCUUGGAGGUGGUGUAAAGGAAGUUCAAGUAUAUCAAGCAUUCAAAUUGCUCAGAGCUGAUCCUAAGGUUGAAGCCAUCCUUGUCAAUAUUUUUGGCGGUAUCGUCAACUGUGCCAUCAUUGCCAAUGGGAUUGCCAAAGCCUGCUGGGAGCUAGAACUCAAGGUGCCCCUGGUGGUCUGGCUUGAAGGAACCAACGUCCAAGAGACCCAGAAGAUACUCAACAACAGCGGACUCCCCAUUACUUCAGCCAUUGACCUGGAGGAUGCAGCCAAGAAGGCUGUGGCCAGUGUGGCCAAGAAUUGA